CUUUGAUCCAGCCUUCUUUUGAAACAUUCAUCCUUUGGUGAUUCCAUCUUCAAUAUUUUUGAAACAUUUAAAUAACCAUCUAUCGGAGUCUGUUUUAUUGGUGAAAUCUUGCCUAGCCGGUGCAGCGCACCAUACACAUUUUCUAAAAAUGCCAUUCUUAAUCAAUAGCCUCACGACGCUGAGUUCCCUGAGCCUCAGGCUCAUCGCCUAUGUAUUUCUAAGAUGGAUUCCCGGACAUUGGGGCCCAGUUGCCGUAUUCUCUCUCCUAUCCGUCUAUGUUCCAUCCUUUAUUACAAGCCUUCUCUCAACUCCGUCCGAAGAACUUGUCGCUGCUGAAGUUGACGUUACCGUGUCCGAACAAACUGGCCGGUCGAAACCUCCAAACAAGGCUUCCUCGGCCUCGCAUUCCACGAACCUGAGGAACGACAAGAAGCCUCCGCCACAGACCCGGGAAGAAAUUUCAAUUUAUGAAACCCUCUUACUGGCCCAGUCCGAUCCGCGCAUAAUCCGCACCCUACUCACCGGCCUGCCGAGCCCAGCAUCAACGUUAUGGAGCUGCCUGACAUUCAUGAUCAACGUCCUCCUUGCGCUUAUGGUUGCCGAUCUGACCUAUCACGCUCCCGUGCUUUACCCUGGUCAUGACCUCUCCUUUGCACGCGUAGGCUUUGUGUCUGACACAUCUGCCAAAAUCCUCGUGCGAGAGCCCAACAACACCCUUCUUCCGCUGUAUGUCUCCUACCGAGUCGACGACUACACUGGCGAUCGAUGGAAGCCCGGCGGAACAAUUUAUUUCCUCGACAACUUCACCGACUUUACCAGCACCGUCACAAUCUCCCGUCUCAAGCCUGACACUCCCUACCAAUGGUCCGUCUCAAACGACCACAAGGGAAAGUUCCGGACCGCCCCAUCGCCAGGACAUACCACCAAUUCCGACAUUUCUCCAUUUACAUUUCUCACAAGCAGCUGCAUCAAACCACGCUUUCCUUACAAUCCUCUAGAGCACCCACUGGGCUUUCCCGGGUUCCGGAAGAUGGCCAAAGUUGUCGAAAAAAUGUUUCCCCCACCUCAAUUCAUGCUCUUCCUCGGCGACUUCAUUUAUAUUGACGUGCCACGGCGGUUCGGCAUUGACCGCGAGACCUACCGCUCCGAAUACCGUCGGGUAUACUCGUCUCCCGACUGGCCACGUGCGUCCAAGACGUUGCCUUGGAUUCACGUAUACGAUGACCAUGAAAUCUCCAACGACUGGGACCAGAACACCACCGGCGUCUACCAAGCCGCCGCCGACCCCUGGAACCUCUACCACGUGGCAGCGAACCCAACACCCGCUGAGAAAGGAGCGACAUACUUUUCUUUCAUUCAGGGGCCCGCGGCAUUUUUCCUACUCGACACACGGCGGUAUCGCUCACCAGAAUUCGACCUACCGAACAAUAGCUCAGGAAAGACUAUGCUUGGCACCGCCCAGCGUAAGGCCUUUAUCAAAUGGAUCCGCGAGCCUGUGCCCAAAGGCGUCAAGUGGAAGAUUGUGGUGACCAGUGUCCCCUUUACCAAGAACUGGCGAUUCGGCGGAGAAGAUACCUGGGCCGGGUACGUCUUUGAGCGCAACGAGCUUCUCGAAGCCAUGUGGGACGUGAGCACCAGGACAGGAGUUGGAUUCAUUGUGCUCAGCGGUGACAGACACGAAUUUGCUGCAACUCAAUUUCCUCCGCCUCGAGGAAGCAAGUACGGUCUCAACGCGGCGGUUCACGAGUUUAGUGUCUCUCCACUAAGCAUGUUUUACUUGCCUGUCCGGACUUAUGAGCAGCGUGAUGACGAGGACGUGUGUCUGAAGUAUCUCCCAGAUGGAAACUCCAAAUUCGGUGCCAUCGAGAUAUAUCCUCACAAACCGCCAAACGAACAAGCGUUGCUCAAGUAUCGACUCUUCAUUGACGGCAAAGAAGCAUGGAAUUAUGUAGUCACUUCGCCGCCCUCAGGAGGUGGUGGGAGAUGGCAGUAGACUCCUUUCUUUUUUCUUAAUUUGCAAUCUAUUUUCUUGAUUAUACUCUGGGUGGCAUCAGCUGUAGUUGCAUUCCAAUAUUUUCAGUCCGAAUGAAGCAGAAAUCUCUUAUAUCGUAAUAAUAAUCAUCAUCAUCAUCGUCAUCAUUCUUCCCUCUGAAUACAAAAAUCUCGCGCUCG